AUGAAUAUUGAAACUGGCAUUGAUUGGCCGAAAGAUGACCUCAUAGUGCAGGUACACCGAAGACGAACUAUCGGUGAUACCAUACAAAACCUAUUCUCCAAUACAGGGAUCGCAGUAUCAAUACUCUACAUUCUCAUCAAAAAGAUAAUCGAGCCAUGUCUAGAGUCCCAUUUCUCACAACGAACAAGUUUGAGUGUUUCAACUCUAAUACAACUCAGGAGGCUCGUCGCUACAUUGCAAGGUAAACUAAUCUACACUCCGAUAUCUUCGAUUGGGUUUGAUGAAGAAGAUGGUAAAGUAGAACGAUCGACCCAAACCUCUGAAGACGGCAAGCUGCUAGAAGCUCGGGAGAGUCGUUGGAAGAGGCUCAAUGAUUGUUUGAAAGAGGCUAAUGGCAACUUACAAAGUUUCAACACGACAGCAAUUGAUUCAUCGAUUAAUAUGGAUUCCUUCCAGUUCCAAAUGAAGCUAGUUGUCGAUGGAAUACGACUCAACGAAGAUGCUGAUGAAACUUCUGAGCAUUGCAGAAGAAUUGUUGACUCAGUUCGAGAAGUGAAGGGUUUGUUAGUUAAUGGUAGGUUUCCGUGA